UUUUUUUUUAUUUACGAAGGUGGGUUGCUCGGUGAGGAACUCCACCAAACGCGAUUCAGGACCAGGUAAGAAGAAUCCCGCCAGCGACCAUCUCCGCCGACCGAGGCCUGCCCGAUUUGCUUGUGGCUGGUCUCACGAUGCCCAGCUGCGGAAAUGGCGACCACUACCACUACCGUCAGAAGAUCUCCUUAUAAGGACUUUCUGCAGCCCGCGCUGCAUCGGCGCUUCUCGACCACGGCCUCGAUUCUGCUGGCCAUCUCCUACUUCGAGGCAAUCGCCUUGGCGAGCUGGAACUCCUACUUUUGGUAUUGGUUCCCCAUCGGCCCUACCGGGUUGCGCGCCCUCUUUCUCAGCGCUUGCGCCCUCUCCGUCAUCAUCCUCCGCAUCGCCCAGUACCAUGUUGGCCUGCGCACCUCCAACUCAGCUUUCCAGACCUUUCGACAAAAUGUGUUCAAGCUCCCGACGAUUGAGUCCAUCUUCACGUAUGUGACGUCGGCUCUUCUCUUCAGCCAGAUUUACCUGUGGUCGAUCCCCGAAUCUGCACACCUCGAGUGGAUCACGCACUUCUCUGCGGACCGGGCGAGACUGAACGAGAAGACCAUCUUCUUCACGGCUCACUUUGUCAUACUCGGCCUCUACCAGGCCGGCCUCCACCUCUUCAACGAUAACGACCGGCUGUCCCUGGGCACGUCCAGAGCCAAAGACGCCAAGAAGACUGAGCCGACAGUAACACAAUGGAAGCAGUUCUGGGACCAGUUGCCCGUCAUCCUCAUAGUCACGGUGAACCAGUCGCUAGUCGGAUUGUUCAUUAGUGCCGUCGUCUACAUGCUCUUCAUCCGUUCGACGGUAUGGCAUGCGCUCAUGUUCUUCCUCCGGCCCGUCUACAACCUUCCAAAGACCAACUUGCUGCCCACCUCGCUGCCGUUUUCGUUUAGGAGCAUACUUCGCUGCUGGGGUGCUAGUCUCAUGCUGUUGCUGGUAUGGACGGUUGGUAACACCGCCUUUUCUAUCUUUUUGGUCAGGAAGCCAAUUAAGAACGGGAAACCUUUGACGGCCGAAUCAAAGGACCCGAAUGGAAGCCUACUAAACGGGCUAAAGAGCAAGAAGCUUGCCAUUCGUUGUUUUGCCGUGUGGGAGUUGGCAGAUAUUGCGCGGAGUUUCCCAGACAGACGCAAGGCCAUUUAUGAAGACAUUGACCGCAAGGACGCACCAAUGUGGGCGCAAGUUUAUGGGGUUUGUAUUGACACUUUGAAGGAAAUUGAGGUGCGCAUCGACUUCUACGGCAAGGACCCCAAGCCACCGGUCCCGGAUCCGACGGUAGUCGAACAGCCGAAACGAACCACGCUGCCCCCGAAAGAGGACGCCAUCUUCCAGUCAACCCCCCAGAGCAAAAACAAGUUUCGCAAUGAAAUCGAGAAGGCGGUCACUCAGACAGUGGUUGACCCCGGUCAAGGAUCACAGCUUAGCCCCUUGGCGAAGAAGGCCCUGCAGUCCGCGAAGGACCAAUAUCGCAAGGUGCAGCUCGAGACUACUGGUAUCGAUGAUCCCGGGAGCCUGUUUAAGAUUCUUUCCCUGAAGGUGCUGAACUCGGCCGUUGGCUGGCCGUUCCGACAGGAAUACAGCAGGCGGCUGGCCCACGCGGUGCUAGGAGAACCCUACGGCGAUCCAAGCCUCUAUAUCAACGUCACAGCUGCUUUGAGCCAGUUCGCGGUUCACAGUUUGACAGAGGACAAGUAUGGCAAUGUCCAGAGGGAUGUUGCGACGAUUAUACGAACAUUGACGACGGUGGCGAACAAGCUGCACAAGUUUACCCAGACACUGCCCACCCACUGGACAGAUGUGGUCGGCAAGAGGGAAUGCCCCGAGGUGGAGGCCAUCUCGGAUGCGCUGAAGGAGUCGCUCCGCGAGCUUGUGGAAGCAUUUGGGCCGUAUGCGCGAGACCUGAGACUGAGUCUGACAGACAUGCGGUUAGCCAAGGAGGCGGCCAGACUUGCUGCGCCAGAGCAGGCGGUGAUGCCGGAGAUGCGUCAGGCAAGAUGAGGUAAACUAUUGAUGUCUAACGGAAUAAGACUUCUUAUGUAUGUGUACAAAAGUAGGGGUGUGUCACUUCGACUAAAGGCGGAACACAAAAUGAAUGCAACCGGUGGUCCGUACUUUUAAAACUUUUAAAAGAAUAAAACAUAAACAAACAA